CACAUGUCUCUCAUAAUUUGAAAGGCACAUGGAAAUUCAAAUGCCUGAGCCUGACUAUUCAGUGAGUGCACUCAACUUUCUUUUCGUUGCAACUGCUAUUGAAAGAGGUGACGAAGAGUCUUGUCCUCAGCUCCAUCCACAAAAGGAUAACAAAAGUGCUGUAAGAACCCAUAAUUCAGGUCCCCAAAAUAGUAAUAGUCCAACAAAUUUAGUGCAGUGAGGGGGACCCUGUGUUGCACACACCUCCUAAAGUGAGUGCAUAGGAGAAUCUGCUGGUCAAGCUAUUUCCCUUUUUAUCUUGCCAUCUUUUUAAGCUAAAGGCUUCAUCUUUUAGAGAGAAAGAAAGCAAGAAAUGGCAAGACUUCAA